UUUAGCUACAUUUUCUUUUUGUUUAUGUUGCUGCCAGCUUGCAAUUUUUUCGCGAGGAGACUUCACCUUAUUCAAAACCUACACUAACAAAGGGGAAGGAAGAAAUGAAAAAAGAGAAAAGAGGUUCAAAACUAUCCAAAAGCUGCUCUGGUCUUUUCCCCUUAGAUUUUCAAGUUUUCAGUUUCAGAAUUUUCUUCAUAAUAACCCAUUUACAAACUUUUUUUUUAAUCAAUGAUGAUACCACAAAGAGUGAGCAAACCCUAUACUGUGAUUCCUUUAAAACAAUUUAGUUGUUAUGUCAUAAAGGUCAAUUGUAUAACCAGGAGGGAAAGUGCUGAAAUGUGGAAACAAACUAGUAUGUGAAACCAGAGUUUCUUGGUCUGAACCUUGUUAUUUCAGAACAUCUUUAAAACUGAGGAAUGCAGUUCAGCUAUAGGACUUCUUAAAGAGGGAAGCAGGAAUCACCGGAAUUAAGGAUGAGAGUUUCAUUGUUCUAUCUUUCUCCCAACAUCAUGCUUUAAGGCUGGUGCCUUUUCACAAUGUCCUCUGCUAAAAGUGUCAUUCUUUGAAGUUGAUUCUGCAGUGGAAGUGUGUGUGUGUGUGUAUGUGUGUGUGUGUGUGGUCAGUAUAUGUAAUUUUCCUUUUACAAUGUUGGCAGUAAGAAGAAGCCUACUAAUUUUAUUCAGCCUGAUGAUAGGCUCUAGCAUUUUAAUUAUUUUUCAUGUUGUGAGUAAUUUAUUUUUCAUUGGGUAUCUUCCCUGUAAAUCUUGUCCUCACUCUGUAAGAUUUUUCUUUGGUGUCCAACAAAGGGUUUCAUUGCAAUAAGAAUCAAGGUGUGUCUAUGUUCUUACCCAGAGCCCAAACAAUGCCAGCCUUCCAGACCAGCCCAGGAGUUUGGGGUGCGGAAACAGAGUCAUUAUAGAACAUCUUCAUCCCUCUGCCACGAGAGUAACAGAGUUAUCGUUCAGGCCCUUCUGAACGAGCAUCUUGAAGCACACCUAGCUACAGAGCUGAAUUCGGCACCCAGGUAAUCAGGACUAAAAUUAAGUCUCCUGAGGUUCCUGUGUAAGAGACAGCAGAAGGAAUGGAUUGGCUCCUUUUCAGAAACAUUUGCCUUUUGAUCAUUUUAAUGGUGGUGGUGGAAGUAAACAGUGAAUUUAUUGUUGAGGUGAAAGAAUUAGACAUGGAAAAUGGCACUACAAAAUGGCAGACUGUCAGAAGACAAAAGCGGGAGUGGAUCAAGUUUGCUGCAGCCUGUAGAGAAGGAGAAGACAACUCAAAGAGGAAUCCGAUUGCCAGAAUUCGGUCAGACUGUGAAGUGAACCAGAAGAUUACAUAUCGCAUCUCUGGGGUGGGAAUUGAUCGACCACCUUAUGGAGUGUUCACCAUUAAUCCUCGAACUGGAGAAAUUAACAUCACUUCAGUGGUAGACAGAGAGAUAACUCCAAUUUUUUUGAUCUACUGCCGGGCUCUGAAUUCACGAGGUGAAGAUUUAGAAAGUCCUCUUGAGCUUAGAGUCAAAGUUAUGGACAUAAAUGACAAUCCACCAGUAUUUACACAAAAUGUAUACACAGCCAGUAUCGAAGAAAACAGUGAUGCAAACACACUGGUAGUAAAGUUAAGUGCCACAGAUGCAGAUGAAGAUGAUCAUCUGAAUUCUAAAAUUGCCUACAAGAUCAUCUCUCAGGAGCCUGCAGGUGCACCAAUGUUUGUUCUGAACAGGCACACUGGAGAAGUCCGCACGAUGUCCAGCUUUCUUGACAGAGAGCAACACAGUAUGUAUAAUCUACUUGUGAGGGGAUCAGAUCGAGAUGGAGCUACAGACGGACUAUCUUCCGAGUGUGACUGUAGGAUCAAGGUUUUAGACGUCAACGAUAAUUUCCCCAGUUUAGAGAAAACUUCAUACUCAGCAAGUAUUGAAGAAAAUUGUUUAAAUUCAGAACUGAUACGAUUGCAAGCAAUUGAUCUGGAUGAAGAAGGCACUGAUAAUUGGUUGGCAGAAUACUUAAUUCUCUCUGGAAAUUAUGGAAAUUGGUUCGAUAUUCAAACAGACCCACAAACUAAUGAAGGCAUUUUGAAAGUCGUCAAGGCCCUGGAUUAUGAACAAAUGCCUAGUAUUCAUCUUAGUAUUGGGGUUAAAAACCGGGCUGAAUUUCACCACUCGGUUGCCUCUCAAUUCCAAAUGCACGCAACUCCUGUGAGGAUCCAGGUUGUUAAUGUGAGAGAAGGGCCUGUGUUUCAUCCAAACUCUAUGACCUUCAGUGUGCGAGACGGAACAAGAGGAGAUUCCUUAUUGAAUUACAUGCUUGGCACAUAUACAGCCAUAGAUUUGGACACAGGAAAUCCUGCAACAAAUGUCAGAUAUAUCACAGGGCGUGAUGCAGGCAGCUGGUUAAAAGUUGAUUCAAGGACUGGUGAAAUACAAUUUUCUAGAGAAUUUGACAAGAAGUCAAAAUACAUUACCAAUGGGAUAUACACAGCAGAGAUCUUGGCUAUAGAUGAUGGCUCUGGGAAAACAGCUACAGGAACCAUAUGUAUUGAGGUUCCUGAUAUCAACGAAUACUGUCCAGUCAUUUUUACUGAAGGUGGAACCAUCUGCAUUGCCUCUCCAUCGGUCCUUAUUUUUGCACGAGGCAUUGACAACCAUUCUUAUGGGUCUCCUUUCACUUUCUGUGUUGCUGACUGGCCACCAGGGACAGCUGACUUAUGGGAUAUUAGAUCCAUAAAUGCUACCUCUGCAAUCCUUACGGCUGUGCAGCCUUUAUUUCCCCGACUUUACUAUAUCCCGAUCAUAGUGAAGGACAUCUAUAACAGAGCGUGCGAAUCGGCACACACUGUGCAGUUAGACGCCUGCGAAUGUGACAGCAACCACAUGUGCCUUUACCCUAGUACCACCAGCAUAUACACCGGGGACAUCGGCACCAUUACCAGUGACGUAUACUGGUCUGUCACUGACGACCGAAUUGGGGAAUCAAAUGUUGGUCUCGGUCCCACAGGGAUUGGCAUGAUCAUUUUGGGCCUCUUACUGCUGCUCCUGGCACCCCUUUUGCUGCUCAUGUGUUGCUGCAAACGAAGACAGCCAGAAGGGCUGGGAACGAGGUUUGCUCCUGUGCCAGAAGGGGGAGAAGGAGUGAUGCAGUCCUGGAGAAUAGAAGGGGCGCAUCCAGAAGACAGGGAUGUCUCAAAUAUAUGCGUACCAAUGACAGCCUCUAAUACUCAGGAUCGUAUAGAUUCUUCUGAAAUCUACACUAACACCUAUGCGGGCGGAGGAACAGUUGAAGGGGGUGUAUCAGGAGUGGAACUCAACACAGGUCUGGGAACAGCUGCUGGCCUCGUUGGGGGAGGCGCCGCGGAAGCAACGAGGAAGAGGAGUUCAACAAUAGGAACCCUGCGGGAAUAUGCAGAGUCAGGCGUGAACAUGGCUUUCUUGGACAGCUAUUUCUCUGAGAAAGCAUAUGCUUACGCCGAUGAAGAUGAAGGUCGACCAGCAAACGACUGCUUGCUCAUUUAUGACCAUGAGGGAGUAGGUUCUCCCGUGGGCUCCAUUGGUUGUUGCAGUUGGAUCGUGGAUGACUUAGAUGAGAGCUCCAUGGCAACUUUAGAUCCAAAAUUUAGGACUCUUGCUGAAAUCUGCUUAGACACAGAAAUUGAGCCAUUUCCUUCAUACCAGGCCUGUAUACCUAUAAGUACUGAUCUCCCUUUGCUUGGACCUAACUACUUCGUUAAUGAAUCUUCAGGAAUGACUCUCUCAGAGGCUGAAUUCCAGGCAGAAAUGGCAGUGCCUGAGCCCAGCAUUCCGGGGGAUAUUAUUGUGACUGAGACCUACAAUACUGCUGAUCAAAGUGUCCAGCCCCCUACAAUUGUUUUUGAUCCUCAACUUGCACCCAAUGUUGUCGUAACUGAAACAGUAAUGGCGCCUGCCUAUGAUGUUCAAGGGAAUAUUUGCAUACCUGCUGAGUUAGCCAACACACACAAUGUAAUCUAUGCUGAGAGAGUGCUUUCUAGUCCUGGUAUGCCUGGCAUGAGCAGUAGUAGUGUGGCUGAUGGUUUUAUGGGACCUAUGAUGAGUGGCGGUAUUUUGGUAGGGCCUGAAAUUCAAGUGACACAAAUGGUGAGUCCCGACAUUCACAUAAGCCAAACCAUUGGCUCCACAUCCCCAAUGACAUCUCGACAUAGGGUAACACAAUAUAGCAACAUACAUUACUCCCAACAGUAAGUGCUUUAUGGUCAGCAUUCUCUAUGGAGAUCUUGCACCUCAUAAUCACCAAUAUGUCCAUCAAAGAUUAUAAUGACUGUGCCAUAUAUAACAGUUCUACUCUGUCCUGUAGGGUCCUAUAGGGUCGCUAUUAACUCGUUGGCACUGGGGUGGGGUUGGGGAUAUAGAACAUGUUAACGGUCAGCAAAUAUUCAAAUAUUCUAAGCUCCAUGCUACUCUUUGGUCAUGCCUUUUUGGAAGGUUAAUAUGGCUAAGCAUUUUAGAUCUGCCUAUUUUAAUUCUUUCUAAUUUUAAAUCAUGUGCCAACAAUUUUUAAGAAAAUGUGUUACAUCUUUUGACACUAUGUCUAAUAGCACUCGACUCAGGGUGAAUCUUGAAAUCCAAAGAACCAGUCAUAUAAACUAUCAUGGCCUUG